UGAGGUUAACCUUCAAGGGCUAUAAGCGCUCGUUGACGGGACGCUGACUUAACUGUUGCACAGUUGCAGCGAGCAGCUGCAUCCCCGGCGUUGAGCGACGCUUAAUUGCGUACAUCCCCCUUCAAGGAUUAACAAUGAACACUUUGCUUUUGUCUGUACCGGCAAUCGCGCGUGGUUUGGCCUCAUCGCAGCUACGACACGGUUUGCAGCUCCGGGCCCUCAGCAGCCUCAAGGCGAAAACGCUGUCGAAGGACCAGCUGCCACUUCACACUGGAAGGCCGCGCUUAGUCGUACUGGGCUCCGGAUGGGCUGCCGCGCGCUUGCUGCACGACAUCGACCCCAAGCUGUACGACAUAACGGUGGUCAGUCCCAGAAACCACAUGGUGUUCACCCCACUGCUCGCCUCCACCACGGUGGGUACGCUGGAACCCAGAUCCGUUGUCGUACACUUGUUCGAGCUCCAACCCGCCCUGUCCGCACCCGCAAACGCCAUCUACAUUGCAGAGGCCCAGUCAGUGGACCCCGCCGCUCGCACCGUGAGCUGCCGCAGCGCUGACGGCCUGGCGUUCACUUUGCCGUACGACAAGCUGGCCAUUUGCACCGGAUCGCAGGGCAGCACCUUUGGUAUCCCCGGCGUGCAGCAGCACGCGCUCUUCCUGCGUGACGUGGCGCAGGCGGACGCCAUCCGGCAGCGGCUCAUUGACAACCUCAGUCUGGCCGGCAUUCCGGGUCGCCGUUUGGAGGAGUGGCAGCGGCUGCUGCACGUUGUGAUCGUUGGAGGGGGACCCACCGGGGUGGAGGUGGCGGGGGAGCUCACGGACUUCAUUCACAAGGAGCUGCGGAACCUGUACCCAGACCGAGCCCGAGCCAUGAGGAUCACGCUGGUGGAGGCGCGGGAGCUGCUGGGCACCUUCGACGCCUCUCUGAGGGAGUACGCGGCGCGCAAGCUCAUGCGGAGGGGGGUGGCGCUGCGGAAGGGAGUGGUCCAGGAGCUGACGGAGCGGGAAGUGGUUCUCAAGGACGGCGCUGUGUUGCCGUACGGAUUAUGCAUUUGGAGUACGGGAGUGGGCCCCACGCCCUUCAUCCUGUCGCUGCCCUUCGCCAAGACGAACAUGGGUCGUCUCGCAGUGGACGGCUUCAUGCGAGUGCUGGCGCCCCCCGUCUCUGAGGGGGGGCAGGGGGGGCAGCAGCAGCAGGCGGGCGGGCAGACGCUGCAGGAGGGGCAACCGCCGGAGGGAGCCAUGCAGCAGCAGCAGCAGAGACCGCAGGCCUCCGGUCCUGGUCCGGAAACCGUCCCCGGUAUCAUGUCUCGCGGUCCGGGCGCUCCCUCCCCCUCCUCCCCCUCCCUGGCGCCCGUGCCCGAAGUGUACUCGCUG